CAGAAAGUCUAUUAAAUAAUUAGAGAGCGAAGAAAAUGUUGAAGAAAAUAAUAUACGAUCAAGAAAGUGAUUCAAUCUGAACGAUAGAUCUCCUAUAGGGAAUAUGUAGUGUAAGCAUGAAAAUCUCUAUACUAAGGAACGUGUAUUAAGAAAUUUAAACAAUUGAUGCUUCUUCUCGAAAUAAUUAAAGAAAAAAAUUUACAAAAAAAAAAGAAAAAACCAACGAAAAAUUAGAACAAAAUAAAAAAAAAAAAAAAGUCAUUCGAAAGCGCAAAAGAAACUUUUACUAUUAAAACGCAAUUUUCAUUUUAAAAUUAACUCAAUAUCCUCUCCCUCGUGCUCGUGUUUUUCUUUCUUUUUUUUUUUUUUUUUGACUGUUAUUUAUUUAAGACGUAACAAAAGAAACAAGAAAAACACUCCCCAACCAUAUGAAAUCGUCUAUAAAAUACGAGUUGUUCGCUUAAGUAAAGGACAGUGUUUAAAGAAGAAUCGUUCAGUUAUAAUACAAAAGAAAUAUAUUAACGAAAUUUUAAAAAAUAAGGAAUUAAAAGCCAUUAUGGCGAGUGAAAAUCGAUUAGACUUUCCGGAUAACGUAACGACGACAUCGUCUUCGCCUAGAGUGUCUAAUGAAAAUGAAAACGAUACGCUGGAGAAUGAGUCACGUUGGUGGCAAAUUGAAAACGAUGAUUUUAUCUUAGAUCAAGUACCAAAUGUUACCUCGGAGUUUGUGCGUCAGCCACAGCCACGCACUGAUAGCGAAAGUGAAAUAAAUGAAAAUUUUGAACGCUUACACAAGAUUGCCGAUAAAAUUAAAUUGACAUUAAGCGAACAUGCUAAAAAUAAUAGUGAAAAACCGGAAGAUAGUGAAACCUUAGAAACUUCGCUAGCGGAGGUUCACACCUAUCAUGAACAAUCCUUGGACGAAUUUAAAGAGGAAUUACGCGUCAGACGUCUGGCACGACAAAGUGCUGUACAAGAAUUACGUGAUGAAAUUACUAGUUUACGUCGACAAUUAGCAACAGAACGUGCGCUCUCGCAACGUUUACGUAGUGGUGAAGACUUACAAGAAGUUAACGUGCUGCCGCAAAAAAACGAUUGUGAGAGAACCAUUCUUAAUGUUAUGAGUUCACAGAAAACUAGUACGAGAGAAGAGACAAAAGACAAUAGUAACGAUGAUGCAGAUGAUGAAGAUCCUUUGAGUCGCAGCCGUCACGCGAAUAUUGAAUUAGCCAAUGCUCAGUUGGCUUUGCAAAUGUCUAAUUCCGAGAAUAUAUCAUUACGCGGGGAAUUGUCAGUUCUACAAAAGCAAGUUGGCACUUUGAAAGAAGUCAUAACAUGUUGCAAGCAAAUGUUGACGAUUAAAGAGGAACAAUGUAACGAUUUAAAACAGAAGCUCAAUGAAAUCGAGAAAUCAUUUGCAGAACAUGAAAUGAAACUCAUGUCCGACAAUCUACGGCAAGAGUACGAAAGACAAUUGACCAACAUCCGUCAAUUACGUCAAUUAUAUGAAGAAAGGCAACGUAUUUCUGCUGCGGAAUAUGAAAAUUUACAACGUUUAAUAUCGAUUAAACGCGACGAAUUGUCAAACGAACAGGAAAAAACCAAGAAGCUGGAAGAAGGCAAUCAAAAGUUGGUAAACGAUUUAGAAAAUGUUAAUAAUGAAUUGCAAUGCUUGCGUGAUGAAUGUAAAGAGCAUAAAUUCGAGAAAGCAACAUUAAAAGAGGAAAUCGGUGCCGUGAACAUGCUCUUCAGUCAGAUGGUGUUGGGUUUUAAUGGUAAAAACAAUUUAGACAUCGAUAGAUUGACAGCCAUGUUGGAGGAAAAUCGUGCUCUAUUAAAUGAGUUGGCUGUCAAAGAGCUUAACUGCAGCGACGAUGCAACAUUGCCAAAAUUAUUAUUCGAAUUAGUAGAGCAGGCAAGUGUAAGCAAUGAUAAUAACCAGCAAAACAACAACAGCUGCCGUAACUCCAACUCAACAACACCAGAAGUAGAAGACGUAAAUAUUGAUUGGAAUAACAUCAGCAACACUAAUGAUAACGCAACGUUAUUGUGUACUGACGGUAAUGACGGUAACUAUGCUCAAGACCAACAACAACAACAACUAGUUAGCGAAUGCGGGCAGGGUGCAAUUGCUUUACCUAAACAUUGCACUGAUGAGAAAAUUAUUGUUUCCGCGAAUGUUGCUGCGGCCAACACAGGAAAGACUGGCAAGAAAUUGCAUAGAAAAAAUAGUAACAAUAAGAAAGCAACAUCGACUGCGACAACGCAAUCAAGUACUACAGUUUUGUUAAAUUUACAUGAUUCUCCGAAUUUGGUGAGCAAAUUUGCAACAGUAGAGGAAAUUAUUGAUAAUUUGCCAAAAGUCUGGAGGGUAUUAAUGGAACUACUGAGCCAUCACCAAACCGAGCAAGUACAAUUUGAUGAGAACGGCAAAGGUGAAGACUGUUAUAAAUCGGCCGAGACGUCAAAUAGUUGUAAAGGAGAGUUAAGUGUUAGCAAAACUUAUUUGAAAUUAAAGGAUUUGAUUUUGGAAAAAAAAUCUUUGGUAAAGGAAACUAAUCGUCUAAAAACAUUAAACUCUCAUUUGGAAUGCCGCUUAAAUGAGCAGGAGAAACGUUUGGGAACCGUUAGCUUGGAACUUACAAAAACUUGGCACUUGGUAGGCAAAAUGCAGCGACAACAUCGUCAAUUGCAUACACAAGAGCAAAUACUACGUUAUCAGUUGCAGCAAAAACGUCGUUUGUUAAGUGAGUUGAAGGAUGAGUUGGAAUAUUGCCGUCGCAAAUGGGCUGCGGCACGUGCCAAAAACGAUGAAAGUCAAGAGCAGUGCAAUGAUUUGCGAAGAGAAUUUGCCAAACGUAAGCUAGAAGAUAGCAAUAACUCAGCCGAAAGCGGUUAUAGUGAUUCGUGUGGCCCGGCUUCAGAAGAGGAGGAUCAUGAGCGUUUACCACUUAUCGAUAAUUCUGGCGAUAUUUUGGAAGUAGCAGGUGCCUGCUCCACGUAUAGGCGUAAGCGAUUGAGAGAAAUGUUUGAGCAUACACGUAAAAUAAAACGCAUGCAAAGUAAUUCUCCUGGACGUGCUGCUAGUAAUGUCAGCAGCGAUCGUGUAGUUGUAUUGCGUUGGAACAGUGCGCCGCCAACUUGUGGCUGGCGCGGUUCCGGUUAUUGUGGCGAUGAAAUUGACAACGACGAUGAAGAAAAUGUUACAUUGGAUCUUCCUCCCACUUUAUUAACAAUUCCGUCCGCUGUUCUUUCCAACGAGCUUGAUACUACACCUACAGGUCUCGACCGCACAUCUAGAUCUUCUCAACGCCGUAGCGCCGAAAAACAAGCCGUAAAUGCAAAAGUUAAUGAUAAGGUUAUGGGCUUAGACGAUGAGCCGCAAGAAGAGCGAGCUGUUCGCAUCAAACGUCUAGAGGAACAGUGCAAAUCAUUAAUAAAACAAGUGUUGGAAACUUCAGACAAUCGAGAACGCUUGGAGAUGCAAUUACGUCACUUUCAAGACGAAAUGGCUCCUGUGAAAUGUUCUGUUCCAUUGAAAGAUGCAAACAUUAAAAAACGCUUUGAGAGAAUGACCCGGGCAAGUUCGGCACCAAUCACUGGAUGUUUAACACCGCGCGAAGAAGAAUAUACGCGAAAGAGAUCAGAACGUUUAGGACGGUUAGAGGAAGAAAGUCGUCAACUUAUUUCCCGCAUUAGACGUACCGCAGAUAGAGGUAAUUAUUUGCGUUGUUCUUUAGAACGAUUGAGACGCAUGCCUAGUCCAGAGGGCAGUUUUGAAAGUAAUACUGAAGAAGAGCACGAAGCAAAAAAAGUCGAAGAAAAAUCAUCCAACGUUGAAAAAUCUCCUGAAGAUCUAAGAAUUGAUAGUACCAGUGAUAGCAAAUGUUUUACUAGUAAUUGCAUGACAAAGCAGUCGCCCGAUCAACAAGACUGUGAAGAAAGGAUCGAAGUCCAUAUCCCAAAUGCAACAGCCGACACCACAGAUAGCGUUGCGAAAAGCUGCCUGACGGAGGAGGAAGAAGCAUAUACAGCUCGGCGAUCUGCCCGUUUGCAAAGACUCGAAGAUGAAAGUAAGCAAUUGCUUGAUAAACUUUCUCGGAACACACAACGUGGUGAUAACUUGGGUAACAGAUUAGAUACGUUACACCAGCGCUACGGAAACUCUGAAGCGGAGAUCGCUGAAAACAUUGAACUAGCGCCACCUCUACCUGAACAACAAGAUUCGUCCUCGCUAUUGACUGUAGAGGAACGUAUUGACAAAAUUGAAAAAAUAUCUAUAAAUAGGGAAGAACGUCUACGUAUCUUGGAAGAAGAAGGUAGGAAAUUAAUCAAUCGCCUUUCCGAAACCUCCGAACGUGGCACAAAAAUGAUUGAUAGAAUUGCUGCAAGAGAAUCAAAUCGACAGAAGUGUCCCAGUUCAAAUAAAGAUAACGAAAAAGCGGGAACUUCGAAUUCCUCUCUAGUAGAGGAUAAUCCAACAACGGUAACCAUGUGGCCUACUCCUAAAAAUGUGGCUUGUUCUAGCAUCGUCUCGGAAGAGUUAACGGAACGUGUGACGAUCACAACGAUACCCAGUCAAAUGGUAGCCAGCAAGGGAGCAAUACCGAAAUCUAAGCCAACAGCCCAACUUUACGCCGCACUUCCAAAGUCCGCGCGUAUACAAAGGGAGAAAAAAGAACCCGAGGAAUCGUUAGAAGAUAUGAUAAAACGUUUGCAAUCGUUGCCUUUUCCGUCUCAAAAUUCUGAUAUGGCAGAAAGUGAGAAAUCCGAGGGAGAGGUCAAAGGAGAAAACGAAAACGCAGAAAAUAAGAAAUAGCGUAAGAUCGAUUUUAAAACGAAAAGACUUUUAUUGUGUGUUCAGUGCUUCCUUUUUUUUUGUUGUAAGGAAUUAUAUUUUAGCUUUUUGUAUCCCAAA